UUUUUAUCCUCGACAAGAGGAGAUGAGCCAAAACCACUACAAGCAGUCCAAAGUGGCAAGGGUCAGCAUCAUAACCCUCAGCCACGAUCAGGUCGCAAACCGUUGUUCGAUCAAGUCAACGACUUUUCUCCAAGAAAUUGCGCUGGCACUUUCUCUCUCAGCAGUACGAGUAGCAGUGCAGGACCGCUUAUGAAGAUAACCGCCCUGAGUUCCUCCACCAGCGAAGAUAACUCCACCGGUACGUCAAAUGAUUCAGAUUUAAUACAACACGUCGCAGCAGAUAGAGCUAGGACUCUAUCUCGUGUGGUUGUUCAGCUCGCAUCACCAGACGCCCUUGAUCUGAUGUGGUUCGAAUUGAGCCGACUAGGAAGGGAACGAAAACUAGCAAAUGGAGCACGAAAGUCGCGCGAAGAGAGGAAGAAAGAGUUGCAUCAGAGCGUCCCGGUGCUCCAGCUUGAUCGUGGAGGACCAGACGAUGUUGAGACGACGCCAGCACCGAUAUCCCCAGCACCAAACGAGUUUGAUCCUUUCGAUCAUAUAGUUCAGGUAGGCGAUCUUACCGGUCUUGAACACCAGGAGAAGCAAAAGGGCGAAUGGACGAGUGGCUCAGCUAAAAAUAGUACCUUAGCUCAACCAUCGGCUUCUGCAACUGCAACCCCAACUUCCAUGCAACAACAGCGGCGAAAGCGCAACCAGCACCCAGGCCAGUUAUCGUCAUCAUCUUCGGGGUUCGCAGUUCAGGACCAGGAAGAUAAUGCGAGAACGGAUGAUAAUAUCGCAGACAAAAUAGAUGGGGACUAUCAUCAUGAUGGUCCAAUUAGUCUCUUAGAACUUCCGACGACGUUUUGUGGUGGAACGGUCGAGUUAAGACGGUAUAGACGACAUCAAAUCGAUCCUGCGUCGCUGAAAUAUAAUCGACCGCACGACGAGGACAAGAACGCGAAUUCCUCACGUACACCUACGGGAACACGAGACGAAAAUUACGGAGACGAGAACGCAAACAAGGAAGCGAUUUUCUUUUACUAUACACACGACCAAGAGCACGAACAGCGACGGAGAGAUCGCGUUGAUGGAGUGAAUGUUGGUGAACAACUUGGACCAACUUUUGGUCAUCAACAAUGUCAAGAACAUCUACUCCAGCAAGAACAAGAGGUGGAGGUACAAAACAAGAGCUUCGGUGAGCAAUCUGUUUUUGCAGAUGCUGAUCAACAAGUUGGAGAGGCGGACACAACGACAACUGUCUUUCAGGAGAGCAAUCACACAUCAGAAGGUGUAGAUCUCGUCGGGGCGGCUGCACAAGUGAGCAGGACUUCAUCUUGUCACGAAUGUUUACAGACAAGCGCACAUGCGAUCUUUUCCGAAUGGCGCAUGAUGAGGACCAUUCAAGAAGCCGCCGCACGACGUACAUAUUGUCGCGAUAUUGUCCGAACCUGCCCCGCACUCAAAUUGCUCUCCCUCCUGCCAUUACUGAAAACACGACUUCUUGACGGCGACCAAGAUGCAGCAGUUGCGUGUGCUCCAAUAACAUCAAAAACCUCCGGCCCGCAAAGCGUGUAUUCAGCACGUGAACUGCCCUCAAAUGACCUCGCAACUUCUGGGAGUCGUGGUUUGGCGACUAAGAAGAGCAAGCGCGAUCUUGUCGCACUGUACAGGGACAAAAAUGAAGAUAAAGUUGUAAAGAGGAUCGUGAGACGAAAAUCGAUUCUGAAGAUGACCUCUGGUACGGAUGCUAGUGCCGCAGACGGUGACAGAGAAGGUAGCAACGCCGGUUGGGAGCGAUCUGGAUCGAAAAAAAAGAGAUCAUGGGGCGAAAUUUUUGCAACAUCAAUAACUGUCGAUGACAACGAACCUCUUCAGAGUAAGGCGGGGUCAACAAAAGAAGAUGCAUCAAUUGCAGCAGCAGAUGUUUCGAGCGGUAAUCGUAUCCUUUCAGCAGAACAUGCUGGCGAUGGCGGCGUCUCUUCCUCGUUCCGUGAAGGUGCAGCAGGAGUGAGCUCGAGCUCCAAAGAUAUGCCUAUGCCUUCAAGAACAUCUAUAGAACUACAAGUACCUCAAGCUCAACCUCCGAAAAAUGGCAAGCGUUCCCGCCUUACGGAUUUUGGGGAGGGAUAUCUUCAUGCGGGUUCCUUUCCGUCAUCGUUGUGUCAUCAAGUACAUUCCCUUGCGGAACUUUGUGCGAGUCUAUCAAGUAGUAACGACCAAACUUGUUGUACUGAAGACGUCAACUACGUGAAGCGCACACAAGCCGGGUCGUCCGAAGCCCAUAGCCGUAUCGAAUUGAAGCGAGCGAUUGUAGCAGACUAUCACUCACAAGUACUGGCUCACGCAUCAGCCCCUAUGCAAUUCAAGUGUACUGCGCCGCUGCGAGAGACGCUGUAGUUGGAUACGGAAGUUGAUCUUGAUGGAUAAAGAUGCUUGGAAGCGUUAAUAACCAUACACUGAGUAUGAGUUCGUAUUCGAAGUCGAGUACGUCUUCUGUGAAGUCGUAGGAUAAUGUAUGACUUACAAUGAGUUAGACAUCUACAGCAGGAGCUAGAGAUGAACACCUAACGAAACACGAAUUAUUAUUUUAGCGUAGUUUAUAGAACGGAUGUAGGAUGGACUUGGAUGGAUCGGAUGGAUCGGAUGGACCCCCCUGAUUCUUCCGAUCCUACUUGAAUUGGUGGAAAGUCCAUCCGUUCCAUCCGAUCCAUCCGAUCCAGCCCAUCCCGUAUCUGGCACCCCUAUAAACUGCUUUAUUAUUUACUUCUUUUCUUACCUUGAGCUUGAGGACCUCGACCUUGUGCUUGUCAUUAAAUAGCUUCGACCUUGUGCUUGUCAUUAAAUAGUUUAUUUGCUUUGAUUUUUCAUUUCCAUUUUCAGUUUUGGAACGCAAGCAGCCAAUUCAUUGCGUUUUUAGCUCCAUGAAACUUGAUGUUCAUGUACGUACAUGUUUGUCAAGUAGUUAUAAUAUGUAUAUUCAUAAGUGUAUUCAUCGUAGUACCAUUGGGUUUUCCUGGCCAAGCUCGUCCACGUACAUGACAUGAACCACGUACAUGACAUGAAUGUUGAGGAAUAGCCGCGCUGCAGAUGACGC